AGACGCGCAUUCAGUCGGACCACAGCGCAUGUAUAGUUAGUUACUCUCGAGUUGGACACUUACAGUUAAUCCUGACAAACUAACACAAAAAUACAUACACAUAUACUAAACCUCUGGGGCACUGGGAUGUCCCUGCUCUGAGACUUUUAGGGAUUUUACCAUCACUUCACUGCAAAACAAGCAUAUAUCCUUCAAGCACAACCAUGCCAGUCCUCAAGAACCUCCCGUCUCGGCUGAAGGGAGGCAGAUUUAGUGUGGAUUUGGAGACUACACGUAGCGAGUUCAUUCUCAGAAAAAUGAGUCUUAACCACAAUCCAUUUGAGGAGAAUGGCUCAGAUGAGGACUGGCCCAGAAGCAACGGAGGCUCACUCCUGGAUGGGCGUGUGCCGCGGGACAGAAACCCGUUUGAGGAUGAGGAAGAUGAAAAUGAGGCUAAUGAGGUGCGGCGUGGAGGCUCAGGGAAGGGAAGCUCCAUCAAAGGCACGCUGGAACGCAUGAAGGGGGUCUCCCCUCUCAAGACCCUGGGCAAACUGGGCAAGAACUUGCGCUUGUCUGCCAGGAGCAAGGGCAGGGAAACCCCCUCCCCACAGGGCUCGAUAGGUUCAGCCUCACCCAUGCAGAGGAAGAAGAAGGGCAGACGGAGUUCAGAAGGGAGCUUGCUACGAAUGGCAGGGAAAUGUAAAGAUCGCAAGGAGAGCUUGACCAAUGGUGACCUCUGCUCAGAAGCUGAUUCUGACUCCACCAGUCGUCGACUCUCCUUCCUGAAGAUGGUGGGCAAGGGCAAGAUGAAGAGGGAGUCCAUGCAGGACCACUCAUCACAGGGGCCUGAGGAAGAGCCAGUGGAGGAGGUGCCCGAGGUCAAACCCAGGGAGCCACUUUCAGUAUUGGAGAUCCUGCAGUUGGUGACAAAAAGAGAUUUGUUUUUGGCUGACACUCACAUUCUGGAGCUGGAGCAGGAGUGUAGGGAGGCCGAAUCUCCUACGGCAGGGGGCAAUGAGGAUUUCACCAGCCCCAGCAGCAAAGACAGCAGUCGGCGCAAAGCCAAAGAUGUGGAGCUGCUCUACGAGGCCCUGCAGAAAGAGUUGUGGGAUGUGGUAAGGGAUUCUUUGCGUUGCCCCACCGCCGGGCCCAACCUGGGCCUGGUGGUGCAGGUGAUUCAACAGGAGGAGCAAGCCGAUCGGGACUGGGCUCAGAGUGAAGGAGCCGCUCCAGGAGGCCCACGGCCAAGGGAAUUCAAGAAACGCUGGAGGGAGGCGGUAGUCGAGUUGGCUGAUGCAAACUUACCCCAGCAUGAAGAAGCACGGGCAGGCGAGCUCGCAGCUUACCUGGAUAAGCUAAGAGUCCGUAUGGUGGAGGACCUCGGAGCGGCUCGGCGUAAUGUGGUGUCUGUAUAUCCGGUUGAAUAUGACUCCUUCCAAGUGUACACACAUAGCUACCACCAGGCUGUUACCCGUCGUCUCCAGGCUAUCACCAAUGGGGAUCUGCAGAUCAUUGACAUAUACUCUAUGCUAGACUGGCUCUACAAUAUUUACAAUAGAGAUGUCCUUGGAACAGUCACCAUAACAACACCCAUUAACCUCUCGCAGCUCGGCCCACUGCUGCCGACGGAGACGGUGGAAAAACUGGAGCUCGACUGCCUCAACUCAGUCAGGGGGAAAGUGACCAAUGAGCUGUCUCAGGUUCUGGAGGAGGAGGAAAAGAAAUGGCUGGACACCCUGAACAUCGAAGAGUAUCAGAUACCUCUGGCUCGCACUGUUAUUCAGAGGCUACAGGAGGACCUUGAGAGAUCUGCAGCCGUAAAUAGACAUUUGGGCUCACGGGUUGCCCAAUGCAGUCUCAACGGACUGGCAGAUUUCCUGUACAGUUUUCAGAGAAAGGUGGAGAUGUUCCAUGAGAUGCUAGUGAGCAGCUUUGGAGAAAAUGAAGACGGUUAUAUCGCUAAAACCAUCGCUCUUGUCAACUGCUGUCCAUCAUUUAGGAGCUUUGUGGAGCGUUGCAGCCAGUGUGACCCCACAACCAGCGAGGACUCGAUUCGUAGAGCCAACACCUCUCUGGACAGGAUAGUCAAUUUGAGUGUGAGAGUGCUGAACGACAGACUUUUUGAGCAUAUCAGGCCCUUCUUUGAUAAGCUGAUUAAACGGAAAUGGUUGAGCAACACUGAGCCUUUUGAGCAAAUUGAAGCGCUCAUUAAAGAACACUUCAAGAAGUUUUGCAGGAUGGACAAGCCACCUUAUGAGGUCCUGGUAGUGGAGGUGCACCGGCGUGUGAUGACUGAAUAUGUGCGGGCCAUCAUGAGGGGCAGAAUCAUCUGCACAUCUCUGAAAAUGAGGAAGAGAAUGGCAGGCCGCCUUCGUGACGAAGGAAAGCACCUAAAAACUCUCUUCAAAGAGUUGGAAUCCUCCGCCUCAUGGCUCGACAGUGCUAUUCCUCACCUAUCGGAGAUCAUUCUCUUGGAGGACACUCCCUCCAUCCAAAUGGAAGUUGGCGUACUGGUACGGGAAUUCCCUGACAUACGGAGGAAGCACGUCUCUGCCAUUCUCAAUAUCCGUGGGAUGACCCGACAAACAGAGAGGCAGGAGAUCUUGAAUAUAGUGAAAGACAUUGAGAACAGCGACAGCGUCACGAGGGUGUCCCGUGACAGGGCUCUCUUCGCUGAGGUGCCAGUGACGUCAGAAGUGCACUGUCUAAAUGUAGGCCUGAGCCGUGUCGCCCUCACCGCCUCGUCCCUCUUCUCCAGUAUGCGGUUCCGGCGCAGAAGGACUCCAGCCAGGGAAAACCAGGAUGACAUGCUGUAAUCCAUCUAAAAAUGGAUGCUUGAGUCACCCAGCACUCACACAGCACUGGAACAAUGCCGACAGCACAGCAUUUGUUUCUAAAAUGUUUGCAUGUGCCAUUGUCAUGUAAGGACCUAGGGACAUCUUUCUUGCAGAUGCUCAUGAUAGCAGGAUCAAUGAGAAAAUGACACUACAGUUGGAAUCACUACAACUGUUUUUGCACAACUAACAUUGCAAAGGCUUGUGUGAAAUGCAGUGGCACCAAAAUAUGUUGGCACUUUAGCCACACUUAAAAGUGUAUGAAUGUCUUUGCAUUAUAUAACAAAAUAUCAAACCAAGUGGCAUUUAAUAAAAAAUUAAAAAAAAGAUUACGAAAGCACACUUUUCAAAGCAAAACAUUUCACAAACAAAGUUUUAAAUGAUCCAUACUAGAGAUACUGUUCAAAAUGAAGACAAAAGUGUUGUGAAACAUUGUAAAUGUUAGUGUGAACAUGUUCACAUAGUAUUUCACAAAUAAAUCAACUCCAGACCAGUUGGUUCAAAGUCAUUGCAUAAAUGUCAAGAAAAGAGUUUCAUCAUUUCAAUUCUAAUACAAUGAAAUUCAUACAUUUUGUGUAUCUGAAAAUGUCUAAAUACUUUUUGGGACCACUAUAUAUUUUUUUUUUUCUGGAACUGAUAUAUGUUAUCGUUUGAAUAUAUAAUGCAACCAUCUCUAAGAAAUAUCUUUUAGAAUUGUAAAUUGCAGGGGGUCACAAGAGUGUUUUUUGUAAAAAUCAUAACUACUGAUGAAAGCACUGCUUGGUUUUGGAAUUUAUUAUGUGUUCAUAAUCAUACCAUUUAUCAUUUUGACUUUUGUGACUGUAAUUCAUAGGGAUGAAAUUGUAUUUUUAUUUUUUACUUUAGUUGCACAUGACUGAAGACUGAUUUUAAGGUACUAUGCAAUUGCAGUUAUCUUUAAUCUUUCGAUUAUUUUAACAUAUUUAAGUGGAUAUUUUAGCGAUCCAAUCAUCUGUUAUCUUGUCAUGAAAGACAACUGUAUUUUGUAUGAGAUUAUUCAAAUUUACCUGUGAAAGAAAUCAAGAGUGACUAUUUAUGUAUUGCACGACUUAUUUAUUGCACCAAUAUUUCAUUCAGCUGUAAUAAAUACAACAAACCAACCCAAACGAAUAACUACAACCAGAAAAAUAGUUCUCAAUUGAAUAAGUGUAUCACUUUAGAGAAGAUGUGAUCAAAAGAAUUAGUUUUGUGUUUGUUUACCUAAAAAAAAACAAAAAACGGAUGGACUGAACUAAUUAAAUAACGAGUCUACAUUUACCAGUUUGUCUUCUAAAAAUAUUAUAACUUGUCUUCUUAGCAAAUGUUUGAUGAGUCUGUAUAUGUUGCUGUGUGAGCACCAUGGAAAAGAAAUCAAAGAUACAACAUUUCAGUUAAUUUUAGGGUACUCUGCAUGUUGCUACAUAUAAAAAAAAAGACUUGUAAACUGAUAUUUUGGUUAUAGGGGGGGAAAAAAUUAUUUUACAGUGUACAUAUAUUAAAUCACAUAUAAUAAAUGAUGGAGAUAUUUCA